CAACUCACUGCUUCAGAUUUUUUUACGUUUUUGACAAUGGGGCAGAAGCAGGCUGGAGUUGGUUUAGUGGUGAUGCUGCUUUUAUUUUGCUUGUCUGAAGCAGAAUGGCGAGGAAGAUCAGCUCAUAAUCUGAGCCCAACUAUGUUAAGGCUUCAGUCACAAAUGAAAGUUCCUCAGCAGAGUCAAUCUGGGAUGCCUCUGUUUCCCCAAAGCAACCCUAUUUUGGCACCACAGAGGCUUCCUUCUCAGAUUCCUAUUCAGACACCUGCUGUGAGUGGUGGAAGGCCUGGUCAAGAUCCUUUGGGUGUGCAGUCCAAACAGCUUUUGCAGGGUCCAAUAGAAAAAUUGACGUGGACCUUUCCAAGACUACCAGAAGAACCUGAACAGCCAGCAGUUGCAUUUGAUUUGCGGAAGCCUAUUUCUGUUAACAGUGUAGCAGCUCAGUGUGGUGAGAAUUCGGUAUAUGUGGAAGUGAUGGAGGACUUCUUUGGGACUGGGAAGCCACUAAUGGCCUCUGCUUUUUCACUGGGAGGCUGUACUGCAACAGGGGAGGACCAUACUGCUCAAGUGCUUAUCUUUGAAUCAGAACUGCAUGGAUGUAACAGCAUGUCAACAAUGACUGAAGAUGAGCUUAUCUAUAAGUUCUCCCUCAUCUACACUCCACAAGAUGCUGGACCUAUUUUACGAAGUGGUGGUGCAGUGGUUGGUAUUGAGUGUCAUUAUCCAAGAAUGCAUAAUGUAAGCAGCAAUGCCUUAAUGCCCACUUGGGUACCAUAUGCCGCUACUAAAGUUGCAGAGGAACUUCUGGUGUUCUCCCUCAAGCUCAUGACUGAUGACUGGAGAUUUGAGAGGCCUUCUCACCAGUACUUCCUGGGUGAGUUCGUGAAUAUUGAAGCCUCUGUGAUGUCGUACAACCACGUUCCUUUCCGUGUGUUUGUGGAUCACUGCAUCGCUACUGCAGUCCCUGACAUCAAUGCUGUGCCCAGUUACUCCUUUAUUGAGAAUAAUGGGUGUCUGGUUGAUGCUAAGAUCACUGGCUCCAGUUCUCGCUUCCUGCCCCGAACUCAAAACGACAAGCUGCAGUUCCAACUAGAGGCUUUCAGGUUCCAGCAAGAAAACAGUGGGCUGGUCUACAUCACUUGUGUUCUGAAAGUGGCUGAAGCAUCCACCCCUACUAAUGCAGAGCAAAAGGCUUGCUCAUUUGCUGCUAAUAGGUGGGUGUCUGCUGAUGAAUCGGACCAAGUGUGUGGCUGCUGUGACUCAAACUGUGGGACGAGGAUUGGAAGUGAUCAAGUUAUUAAAGAUCUACGAUCGGAAAGUGCAUCCGUUGGUCCUAUCAGCGUAAAGGAAUAUGGCUUUGGCCAUUUGUAAUUUUAAUGAUUUCAUAAUACCAAAUAAAAGUUCCUUAAUCAUGA